CUCAUGGCAAAGCAUGACAGCGGUGCGAGUGGUGGGCCUGCGAACCAUUAAGCCACAGAACCGAUAAAGUAAUUCAGCGUAUCAUCAUCAGCUUUUGAUUUUUCAAGAAACAGCUGUGAAAAGGUCAACGCCAAGAUGAGUUUGCUCGCCAAAAUAGCCGAAAUCGAGAACGAGAUGGCUCGCACUCAGAAAAAUAAGGCCACAGCUCACCAUCUGGGUCUGCUGAAGGCAAGAUUAGCCAAACUGAGGAGAGAACUCAUAACUCCUAAAGGAGGCAGUGGAGGCGGCACUGGAGAGGGUUUUGAUGUGGCGAAAACUGGUGAUGCUCGAAUAGGUUUUGUGGGUUUCCCAUCAGUGGGUAAAUCCACUCUUCUGAGUAACCUGGCUGGCGUGUACUCUGAAGUAGCUGCCUAUGAGUUCACCACACUGACAACUGUUCCAGGUGUCAUCCGUUAUAAAGGAGCCAAGAUCCAGCUUCUGGAUCUCCCAGGAAUCAUUGAGGGAGCCAAAGAUGGCAAGGGUAGAGGACGUCAAGUCAUUGCCGUUGCUCGCACUUGCAACCUCAUCCUGAUCGUCUUGGAUGUUCUGAAGCCUCUAGGACACAAGAAGCUCAUUGAGCAUGAGUUGGAGGGGUUCGGCAUCCGUCUCAACAAGAAACCACCAAAUAUUGGCUUCAAGAAAAAAGACAAGGGUGGAAUAAACUUCACUGCUACUUGUGCCCAAAGUGAGCUGGACUCUGAGACGGUGAAGAGCAUCCUUUCAGAGUAUAAGAUCCACAACGCAGAUAUAACCCUAAGAAGUGACUCGACAGCUGACGACCUCAUCGACGUAGUGGAGGGAAACCGGGUUUAUAUCCCUUGCAUUUAUGUCCUUAACAAAAUCGACCAGAUCUCUAUUGAGGAGUUGGACAUUAUCUACAAAAUCCCUCAUUGUGUGCCAAUCUCAGCGCACCACCGCUGGAACUUUGACGAUCUGCUGGAAAGAAUCUGGGACUACCUGCAUCUAGUGCGCAUUUACACAAAACCAAAAGGACAGCUUCCUGAUUACACAUCACCGGUAGUCCUUCCAGAUGGAACGACAGCUGUCGAGGACUUCUGCUUAAAGAUUCACAAAAAUCUCAUCAAAGAGUUCAAAUAUGCGUUGGUGUGGGGGGCGUCAGUGAAGCAUAACCCACAGAAAGUCGGCAAAGACCAUGUGAUGGAGGAUGAAGAUGUUAUUCAGCUGGUGAAGAAAUAAAAGGACUCUGGAGCUUUGCAUGAUAAUUACACUUCAUGAAAGAAGCGAUAAGGCAUUUUAGGUGCCCAUGACAUCUUUCUAUUUUCUUUCCCUUUUUAUUUUUAUUUUUUCAGUUUUUAUUUUUGGACAUGGACAAUGUAUGAUUGUAAAUCACAUAUUAAUUUCCUUGUACAUGGCUCGGCAUCACAAAUAGCUUGAAUACAGAUAUAAAAUAACUCAAUUGUAUAUGUGGGCUGAAAAACAAAGUGAACUUAAUAAAAAUCCUGGUAUUAA